AUGGAGACCACCGCUGACUCGAAACCCGAGGAGAAGCCCUUGCCUCUCAAGGGCAUCAACCUCAACACCUCGCCCGUCACGAAGCGCGCGCUGGCAUGGUCCUGCGACGCCGAGCUCGCCGUCGCGGCCGACGACUCGAUCCACCUCUUCGUCCCGCUGUUCCCCACCGCGGAGGCCGAGGACGACGACUGGCCGCAGGCGGCCAAGCUCGAGGAGGAUGGUGACGACGAUGGCCACGACGGAGCCGACGGCAGCGGCGGCUUCCGCUCCGCGCAGGUCGCCAUGGAGGUCGCCAGGCGCAGCCAGUACUCGUCCGGCAUGCGCCACUUCUCCGUGUCCCACCCGCCCCUCGACGUGCGCGUCAACCGCCGCCUGUGGGAGGCGCAGGGCCUCGACUUCCCCUACGGCGACCUCCCGGAGGACGAGGAGGGGGGCGACGGCCGCGGCGAGGAUAGCGCCAACUCGGGCUACAAGCUGCCCACCGGCGCCGGCAGCGGCCCCUUCAGCUCGGCGGCCACCACCCUCAACCACGUCGUCGCCCUCGAGUGGUCGCCCUCGGGCGUCGGCCGCAACAGGCGACCCAUCCUGGCCGUGCUGACUUCCUCCGGCACCCUGGCCAUGUACGGCGAAGGCCCGGCCACGUCCGCCAACCGCCGCAAGGGCGGCGGCGCGGGCCACGACGCGUCGACGUGGGAGGUCCUCUGGGCCGUCGGCGAGCGGUUCGUGGUCCCGCCGCAGCAGGAGUAUGCAGAGGCCAUCAUCUCGUUUGCCUGGGCCAAGGAGGUCAGCCCUCGGGGCGCGCUGCUUGUGUACGCCAACGACCAGGGAGAGCACGUCUUCCUCACCGUCCGGAGCGACUUUGAGGUGAUUGAGGGCACCAUGAAGGAGGUGGCGACCUGGACGGUGCGCGAGGUCGCACGGGUUACGUUCAAGGGUCCGCAUCCCGACCUCUCCAUCAUGGAUUUCGACUACGUCCCCUUCGGCACCAACUUUGGCCUGCGCUGGACCCCCUGGCUCAAGAAGGAUGGAACCAGCAUUGCUAUCCUGUCUCAUAUGGAGCGAGGCUACGUUGGCUUCCGGAAGGUCGUCGUCAAGCAUGAUGAUAGCGAUGGUCUCAUCGUCGAGAUUGCCGAGGAGGACGCCGACGGAAUAUGCCUGUACCUCGGCGUAGACGCAUUCCUCGAGUGGGAGGACACGGUAGGUUCCCUUCCCACAUAUGAUACCCUCCCUCCCAAAAGGAUACAAGCUCCUAACAAACCCACCGCACAGAUCCUCACCGUCGACGGCAAGCAAAUCUGCCGCGGCGUAAUCGCCACGCCGAACCAGCCCCGGAUCUUCGAGGCCGUCCUCGCCGGCGGUGGCGACACCCCGGACAAGAUCCGGCCGCACGACCAGCACAAGUGCAACACCAUCUACCCGUCCCCAGACGGCAUGCACACCAACCCGAUCCAGAGCAUCGUCCUCCGCCCCGUCGACACCACGGCCCCCUACCCGACCCCGCUCUACACGCUCGUGCGCCUCGCCGCCACGGCCACGAACCCGGACUGGUACGAGGCCAACGCGCCGGCGGGCGACGACGGCCAGCCGGCCCCGCGCCCGCAGUGGGCCGUCGAGAUCGGCGACAAGAUCAACAUCGCCCUGCCCGCGGCGUUCGCCUCGCGCGCCGGCACCGACGGCCUCGACGACACGGACGACGACGAGGAGGACCUCGACACCGAAGUCGACGACGACGACGACGAGCAGCUCGACGCGGCCGACUCGCCCGACGUCUUCAUCAACCGCUACCGGCUGUGGGGCCUCGUCGCCUCCCCCGGCGGUGGCUCGACCGCGGCCAUGGGCACCGUGCAGUCGGCCCUCAAGCCCGACCGCGGCGGCUGGUACCACACGCGCAGCCGCCUCAUGUUCGGCUGGGUCGACAACAACAGCAACAAGUCCAAGUCGACCACCGCCGCGGUCGCCGCCUCCUGGCGGCCGGGCCUGUCGACCGAGGCGCGCAUGUGGGAGUGGAUGUACGGCGGCGGGCCCGAGGUGCAGGGCGUGACGGCGACGGCCGGCUCCGGCAGCCCCGCCCUGCCGCAGGAGGAGGCCGAGGUCGCCGAGGCGGCGCGCGUCAAGGCCGUCGCGCACGCGUACUUUGCCGGCGCCGCGGCCGCGCAGCGGUGCCAGAUCUGCGAGGGCGGCGGCGACGUCGACGACGCGCCGCCGCUGCGGGCCGAGGGCGCGCAGACCGUCUGCGACGAGGGCCACGUCUUUGAUACCUGCACUGUCAGCGGCAUGGCCAUCCAGGCGCCGGGUAUCUCCCGGGCCUGCGGCGUCUGCGGCCUGCGGUCGCUCCGGAUGCCCGAGCUGAUCAAGAUGCUGCCCGAGCAGGCGGAGGACAUCCGUCGCGACGUCUCGGGCGAGACCUGCGGUGGAUGUGGCGGAAAGUUCCUCGACUGA